AUGAAUCAUGAAUUAGAACGAACUGUUCGUCGUCAUCGUCGUCGUUCAAUUAUUCGUGAAUUCUGUUUGAAUACAUCAACUCAUGCUCUACCAGGAAUAGCUCGUAGUGAAAGUUUUCAUAAUCGUGCAUUUUGGUCGAUUUCAUUUUUAAUUUUUACGGGUAUAAUGAUCUAUUUUAUACUUAAAUCAAUAAUGAACUAUUUUGAUUAUCCAACAUCAAUCGAUGUAUCUUAUAACAGUGAUUGGCAACAAUAUUUUGCAGCAGUUAGUUUUUGUAAUAUUGCAGCACUUCGUUUCGAUCGAUUUAUUGAACCAUUUUUAAACUUUACAAAUUCUCUAAGUAUACCAAAUACAAAUGAUACAACAACAAUAUCUGAAUAUCAAUCGAAAUUUAUUUGGCCUUUUCUUGUUGAUCAAGUUAAUAAAAAUCAAUCAUUGGAAGAUUACUUUUUUCCAUUAUCAACAAUGCUUCAAGAAUGUGCAUACAAUUUUGAAAAAUGUACAUCAGCUGAUUUUAUUUCAUUUAUAUCACCAAGUUAUGGUUUAUGUUAUACAUUUAAUGCUAAAUUGAAAAAUAAUACAGAUGAUAGUCUUCGACUUGGAAAUUUUUAUGGUGGUGCUGGUAUACUCAGUCUAAGCCUUUAUGCUCAUAGUUAUCAAUAUGUACCCUACUCAACUGAUGCUGCUGGUGUAUUAGUUCUUAUUCAUGAUAAUAAACAAGUACCAAUGAUUGAAACGAGCGGUAUCGAAUUAGAACCUGGACGAAGACAUAAAAUAAGUUACAGAAAAAAGAAAACUAAUUUUUUAUCAUCACCUUAUACUGAUUGUACAAACAAGAUUUUCGAUCUAAUGAAAGCUGUGCUCAAUACUUAUCAUCCAGCAGAUUAUAUUUAUUCUCAAAGUAGUUGUUAUCAAAUUUGUCAACAAACCUAUGUUUAUGAACAAUGUGGUUGUGUUAAUCCAUAUUUUUGGUAUAUACGUUGGGUUGUUCAACUAGGCACAGAUGAUGUGAUAUUUGCACCUGUUUGUUAUCCAUGGGAUAACUGUUUUGACAAAGCAUCCAAGAAACUUUUUGCUUCUGCAUCACUUAUGAAAAAUUAUUGUUCAGAUUGUUUACAAGAAUGUUCAACAAAUAGUUUUGUUCUUCAAACAUCAUCAUCAACGUCAUAUAUCGAUUCGAAAAUAGAUGUGAUAAAAAAUUUUAUCGAAAAUUCUUCAGUACCAGUACCGAAUAAUUGGUCAACAACAUGGCGUCAACAUAUUUAUGAAAAUUAUCUUACUGUAAAUAUUCUUCGUGAAACAAGAAUCGUCGAAACGACUACACAAACAUCAACACUUGGUUUAGUUGAUGUUAUUUCAAAUAUUGGAGGUCAAACAGGGCUAUGGAUUGGCAUUAGUUUUUUGUCAAUUAUGGAAUUGAUUGAAAUGAUCUAUCGAUUAACUCGACAUCAAGUACAUGUAAUACGAGAAUCAAUACAAAGAAAAAUUAACAUAAUACAAUAA